AUUCUUGUGGUGCAGUUUUCAGCUACCACACCACGCACGGGGCACGCUCUUAGUCAGAACUUGUACCUGCCAUCUUUGAUUUAGCUAACCCCGAAUCUCCCUUUAUAUUCCUCUCUGGAUUCAGGAGCCGACACUCAGAGAUAAGCCAAGAAGCCAUGAAUCCCCUGGCGCUGAUUUUCUGCACGGCUCUCUUCUGCGUUCUCCUCUACCACUUCCUCACGCGCCGCUCCGUCCGCCUCCCUCCGGGGCCCAAGCCAUGGCCGAUUGUGGGGAACCUCCCGCACCUGGGCCCCGUCCCUCACCACUCCAUUGCUGCGCUCGCUAAAACCUACGGCCCUCUCAUGCAUCUCCGUAUGGGCUUCGUCGACGUCGUGGUGGCCGCCUCCGCCUCCGUUGCCGCUAAGUUCUUGAAAACUCAUGAUGCUAAUUUCUCCAGCAGGCCUCCGAAUUCAGGUGCCAAGCAUAUCGCUUACAACUAUCAGGAUCUGGUGUUCGCUCCCUACGGCCCCCGGUGGCGCAUGCUCCGCAAGAUUUGCUCCGUCCACCUCUUCUCCGGCAAAGCCUUGGAUGAUUUUCGCCAUAUCCGAGAGGAGGAGGUUUCGGUGCUAACGCGCGCACUUGCGAGGGCGGGUCAAACGCCGGUGAACUUGGGGCAGCUGCUGAACGUGUGUACUACCAACGCCCUAGGGCGGGUGAUGUUAGGCAGGAGAGUGUUCGGCGACGGCAGCGGGGGCGAAGAUCCGAAGGCCGACGAGUUCAAAGAGAUGGUGGUGGAGCUGAUGGUCCUGGCCGGAGUUUUCAACAUCGGCGACUUUGUGCCGGCGCUGGAAUGGCUGGACCUGCAGGGCGUAGCUGCCAAGAUGAAGAAGCUCCAUGCUCGGUUUGACGCUUUCCUGGGCGCCAUCGUGGAGGAGCACAAGAUCAGCGGCUCUGCUGGUUCCGAGCGUCACGUGGACUUACUCAGCACGUUGAUCUCGGUGAGGGAUAAUGCCGACGGUGAGGGAGGCAAGCUCACCGACGUUGAGAUCAAAGCCUUGCUCUUGAACUUGUUCACAGCUGGAACUGACACCUCAUCCAGCACAGUAGAGUGGGCCAUUGCAGAGCUCAUUCGCCACCCUGAAAUGAUGGCCCAAGCCCAACAAGAGCUGGACGCAGUAGUGGGCCGAGGCAGGCUUGUAACUGAUUUGGACCUGCCCCGACUCACCUAUCUCCAAGCCAUAAUCAAGGAAACUUUCCGCCUGCACCCAUCCACGCCCCUCUCCCUCCCUCGGAUGGCGGCGGAGAGCUGCGAGAUCAACGGCUACCACAUCCCCAAAAACGCCACUCUUCUAGUGAACGUGUGGGCCAUAGCGCGGGACCCAGAGGUGUGGGAGAAGCCACUAGAAUUCAGGCCCAGCAGGUUCCUCCCAGGAGGGGAAAGACCAAAUGCGGACGUGAGAGGGAAUGAUUUUGAAGUGAUUCCAUUCGGGGCUGGCCGGAGAAUAUGCGCGGGGAUGAGCUUGGGACUGAGGAUGGUGCACCUGUUAACCGCGACGCUUGUUCAUGCGUUCAACUGGGAGUUGCCGGAAGGCCAGGUGGCGGAGAAGCUGAACAUGGAUGAGGCAUAUGGGCUGACCCUACAACGAGCCGCCCCACUCAUGGUGCACCCACGGCCAAGGCUGUCACCCCAAGUUUUCGGGAAGUAAAUGAGGUUGUUUGCCCAUAAUUAAAGUAGAAGACUUGAUGAUGGAUUUGGCUGAAUAAUUAUGAUGUUAGAGAGCGAGUGUAGUAGUUUUGUGAUGGGUUUUCCCUCAACCACCUGCAUGUUAAUACUGUAAACGAUGAUUCUCAAGGGGUAUCUAAUAAUGCAAUAUGUUGGUUUAAAAUUUAAAA